UAUAAAAUUAUGUCUUAACCCUACUUACAAAUUUUUUAAGUCUACCUAAGCAAAUGCAAAUAUCCUUUAACCAUUCAGGUUAUUUUGACCUGAAAAAAAAAAUUCUUUUAAAAUUUAUGGAAGAUUAGAGGAAGCUGGGUAUCCCUUCCAUCAAAUUAAGCCACUGCAUAUAGUCAGGUCAAACUUCAUAUAUAGCCGAACUUACUCACUAAUUUCAUAUUCUUUUCUUGUUACAAUACUUCAGCUUUCAUUAUGAUCUUAUAAAAUGAUUACAAAACCACUCAUUAUCCUUAUGCUGAUGAAGCAUAUAUUAGGAAAUUAGUUCGUUAUACAAUGCAGUACGCCAAGCUGAACUCUAUAUAUAAGAACCAACCCCAUAGCCUAGAUUGGCACUAAGCAAGAAGCUAGCUAGCUACCAUCUGCAUUUCUGCAACAAUGAGUUUAGACAACUCCAUCCGAAACUGCGAUAUGGCUCAAUCCGAAAAGCAACCUCCCCAAGGACAAUGGUCCACUGCCCUUUUCGAUUGUUUGGAGGAUCGUUCAAAUUGUCUUUUCACUUGCUUUUGUCCAUGCAUGGCCUUUGGACGAAUUGCGGAGAUUGUUGACAGAGGAACUACAUCAUGUGCGGUCGCCGGCACGAUCUACCAUGUUCUGGCCUCUGUAGGCUGUGGAUGGCUUUAUGCUGGUUCGUAUAGAACCAAACUACGAGGACACUUCUCACUACCAGCAGCGCCAUGCCAUGAUCUUUUGGUUCAUAGCUUCUGCUGUGUUUGUUCUAUUUGUCAAGAGUAUAGAGAACUCAAAAAUCAUGGAAUUGAUCCCUCCAUUGGGUGGCAAGCCAAUGUUGAGAAGUGGAACCGAGAAGGAGUGAAGCCUCCGAUGGUCGAACCAGCAAUGGCCCGUUAAUUGUCGAACCGGCAAUGGCAUGUUAACGUCAACAUCCUUUUUAAUUGGUUUAAAACUUCUUGUGUGUUUGACUUGGUUUAUAGCCUAGUAUUUGCAAGUGUUUGAUUUGAUUAGGAAACGAUAUUUCACAACCGUGGUGGUUUAUGGCAUGUUCUUUUGGAUUGUAAAUCUUCAAUAUUUGUAUGUUUGUAAGUUUGGAUUGUAAUUUUAUUCAAAAAAAGUU